AUGAAAUCUCAAGAGAUAGCUGUUGAGAACCAGCCAAGCUUAGCCCAUGAACUGCCAUCUGAAUAUGAUAUCCAGGAGCUUCAGCAUGUCCCCGCGCCUUUACCUCUACGCGUUUGGCUGGCGGCACUUGUUGCUAUGACGGAACGUUUUGCCUAUUAUGGCACACAGUCCCUUUUUCAGAAUUAUAUCCAAAAUAGUCCGACGGAUAUUAUUCCCGGCGCAAUGGGCCUAGGGAAAUCUCAUGCAACAACUGGAGAUUUUUGUCUUUGCAAAUAUUUACGAUUCAACUUCGAUGUUGCCCUACCCGAACAUCAACUCCGAGCUUAUGAUCGAGCCGUUCCAUGGAGCAAGGACUUUGCCAGUGAAUUGCGCGAUGCCCUAUCGGCCUUCAAAAUCUGCGUUGGAUGGCCCAUAUUUUGGGUUUGUAUGGGCGAGGAUGCCCAAAUUUCUGUAUCCCAAGCAGGCCAGAUGGAAACACACGGUGUCCCCAAUGAUCUUAUCAAAUCAUCCAAUCCUAUUGCAUAUGUGACUUUCGGUGUAAUAGUUCAAAAGCUGCUUUACCCUUUGCUACAACGAUACAAGAUCCGAUUUGGCCCGAUCAAUCGAAUCACCCUAGGGUUUGCUAUUAUAUCUGUGGCUAUGGCUUAUGCAGCUGUUGUUCAAGCAAUUAUAUAUAGGGCCGGGCCUUGCUAUAUGUAUCCUCUAGCAUGUCCUGCAUCUAGUGGUGGGAAGAUUCCUAACCGUGUCCACGUUCUAUUUCAGCUACCAACCUACAUUAUCGUCGCCCUUGCCGAGGUAUUCUGCUGGCCAACGGGCUCUGAGUAUGUCUAUUCUCAUUCCCCUAAUAGCAUGAAAUCCAUUUUGCAGGCAUGCUAUAUCGGAACGGCCGCGCUAGGUAUUUCCUCGGUAUGGCACUGA